AAAAAGGUUGACAGUUGAGCGACAGAAGAACUAUUAUAACCUUUUCUUGUUGACUUGAUUGGCACACACGCAAUAUGUUUUACCUCCAAAUCACUUUAGGCGCCACAUAUAAUAUAUCUUUUUACACAGAUAACGCAUGUCAGUAUGCAACAGAAUGCCAUCAGCGCGUGUACUGACGCUACUGCUGCUGUUAACACUUGAAAUUUUACACAACAAGGCGAUAUGUCCACGCGGCACACAUUUGGAUAAAUUAAAAUUCAGUCUCGUACGCACGUGUCAACGCUCAGAAAUGCCGGCGAUCGCUUACAAAAAUGCAUUUACCUUAGAGGAUUGCGUGCGUGAGGCGAAAUUAGCGCGCGGUUUGGCUUUGAAUUUUGGCACGCGUAUAAGAAGCAAGCAGAUGGUGGAGGGCAGUGAUGCUUUUGAAAUACUGCUAACGAGGCUACAACAAAUCACGCGUCCAAAUUCGACACACAACAAUGAAAAUCGGCAAAGCGUUUGGCAGCAGCCAGAACAGCAUUUCAAUUGUCACAUACUCGCCUGCCCCGAGAAUAACACGAUGCGUAGUCUGGUGAAUGACAGUCGCUAUGAUUUCUACAGUUUAUACGGCGAGCCAAUCGCAACUCGCAAUUACACUUGCAUACCACAAGUGGGCUUGUUCCAAUUGCAAGUGAGAUCGGCGAGUUUCGUUAAUGCCACACGGCAUUGUCGCAAUGCAACAGAUGUUGGUGGUGUGGCCAUGUUGGCGCAUGUUGCAUCAGCACUGCGCACGGAUGGUUUUGCGGCGUUGCUACGCAGCUUCAAUGAGGCAGCACGGCAACAGCGUGAACGGCAGCAUACUUUGGCUUAUGUUGGCCUGCAUUUCAAUCGCUCCUACAGCAGUGAAAAUAUUGUGUAUAGAAAUAUGGAAAGUGAGCCCUUGCAUUGCUUCCAAUACGCAGCAUGGGCGCCGGGUCAUCCACGUACCGGUGACAUAUUUGGGAAUAUUAGCUGCAUUGCAGUGAGCAACGAGAACACUUGGCUAACGGUAAAUUGUGAGCGUGCGCUCCCUUCUAUAUGCGAAAUAUAUACAUCGAGAAGUGAGUUAGAUGAAACCUCUAUCACUGCCGGCACCUGUGCACCCAACACUACAUAUAUAACAUAAACUUCUUUCACCGCAUUUUAAAAGAUUUUUUUUAAUAAAAUGAACAAGAUACGCACAAAAAAUAAUAAAAUGCAAGAAACGUUUUAAAUAAACGGUAGAUCUUUGGCAUUUGAAUUAUAACUCAGCUAUGAGCAGAUAGGUGGCGCCGCUGGAUAUGUAAAAUUG